UUGAUUUUGCUCUGAGUGGUGUGCAUUUAAGUGCGCGGUGUAAAUUAGUGGAAUUUCAUUGAUAAUAUUUGCAAUUUAUUAACAAAUUGUGCAUAAAAGUGUGCAAGAGUACCUUAGAAAAUAAAAACAAAAGAAAUUUGAGUGAAAACAUUGCAGUGCAAGUAUUUUUCAAUGGAAUUAUCUGUAAACAAAAUUCGGCGCUCCGUGGCGCAGUUGCGCGAGCAUUUGCAGUCGACGCAGCAAACAGCUGAUGACGACCCGGCGCUGCUGAAGUUCUCAAACACAAAUGACCCCAAUGAAAAAGAUGUAGAAUCCCUUUUCAAAUAUUUAAGUGAUCAUAUAUUGGAAGAAAACUGGACUGCAGCUAUUGCUACUUCGUUCGAAAAUGUUUUAUUGUUGUUAAUCACACGCAGUAUACCUUACGAUGAGCACAUCGGCGAAAACAACUAUGAGACAUAUCAGAAGAAAUGUAUUGCCUUGGCCACCAUGAUGCGUCUAUCCGUCGACACAAAUCGCUACGCCAUCAGUUACUUCCGGAACAAACCCUCACCCUUCGAAUGCCCACAACUGAUCGAAGGUACUUCGUCCACCAAACGCGCUAAGAAUAAUACCAAAAUAACUCCAAUUGAUAUCGUGAAAUGUUGCUAUCAUUUACUUUGUGCGAAUCCAGUAUUUUUUAAAGAUCUGUGGAAUUGGUCAGUUUUUCUUGAACAGUUCGUUGACGCAAAGCAAAGCGAUUUGUAUCAACUUUAUUGCAAUCACAUUGUUGCAGUACUGACAAAUAUGAGCGCCUCACAGCUGCAAAUUAUGAAUGCGCAACUCUCACCAGCUGCGCUUUUGCAAUUUGACGAAGAACAAAAUUUACGACCAACCACGAACACAAGUACCAUUUUUGAAGACUCCAACAAAGAUAAGACAAUUACACUGAAUAUAAAUUCGCAUUUAGUGACUGACGUAGAGGGUGUUCUUUUGCCAAUUUUCAACAAAGACAACUAUGAAUUCUAUUCAACUAACGACGGUCUGCACGAUAAUAUUGUACAAGUUGAUUCGACCAAAGUUAAUUUGCGUAGUAUUGCUUUGGGUAUUGCUUCGGCAAAAGCUAUAUGCUUGUCAGGCCCAGUUGGUUGUGGAAAGACUACGCUUGUAGAAUAUUUGGCGCGCAAAACCGGACGAAUUUACCCUAAACCCAGUGAAAUCGAGCAGAGAAAUCUUGAAAAUUGGGAAAAUCAAUCCAAAAAUAACGGUGGCAUCGUAAACGGAAACGAUAAAGUAUUAGCCGGAAAUAAAAGGAAACAUGGUCCUGACAUACUGAAUAACUUGGACAGCCUGGACCCGAAUGAUAUUAACACUAAUGGUUUCUUACGCAUACAACUGGGCGAUCAGACCGAUAGCAAAAUGCUUUUGGGUCAAUACCGUUGCACUGAUGUUCCCGGCGAAUUCGUAUGGUUGCCGGGUGUGCUUACACAGGCUGUUAUGAAUGGCUAUUGGCUGCUGCUGGAAGAUUUGGACUCGGCCACACAGGAUACAUACACCAUUUUGAGUAGUCUGUUGGAGAAUAAUUACUUGAGCGUGCCUGGUUUUCGCGAUUGCGUCAAAAUCGAGCCCGGUUUCCAGUUAUUUGUAACCGUACGUACGAACAAGUCAUCGACAAGCGCCGGACAGAAGUCGCUCUUUGCAUUACUAGAGAAAUAUCUAUACACAAUAAAUAUUCUACCACUCUCACGUAAUGAGCUCUGCAAAGUGGUUAGCACGAACUAUCCCAAACUGGCGACAGUAGCCAACCGCAUAGUCGAUGUGUUUCUGACGUUCUCCAGCGGUGAUCACACAGCAGCUGAUAAUUUGCGCCAACAAGAAUCUGCUGAUAAAGCAGACACCACCGAAAACUACAUCGCUUUGCCGUUUGAGCAAGUAACGCUCUCUGCUAUUCCGAAUUCCAGCCGCUUGGUGUCCACACGCGAUCUCAUCAAGCUCUGCCAGCGCUCAAAUCCCGUCUUCUCUGUGACUAGUGUCGAGUGUGCUUACUUCGUCUUCCAGAAUGCCGUUGAUGUUUUCUGCUCUUAUCUGCCACAAGGCCCGGAAAAAACCAAACUUAUAACUAGUAUCGGUGCCAAAUUGGGUAUUAUUCAGUCCCGUUGUGAAUAUUUUGCAAAUGAUUACAAACCUGAAGUGCUGGUGAACAGCAAUAAAAUCAAGGUUGGUCGCACUGAACUGUAUGCGAGACCAUUAGAAGAUCAAUUGAGCAGCAAUGUGAAUGAAGUGGAACAAGAAACGGACGCCGAAGGUCCACAGGCGGUUAAGCGACAAAAGAUGAACGAUGCUGACGAAGAUCAACUCACUACUCUAAAGCGUUCGCUGCAGGCGUCAAAGAAUGCCACAUUUUCUUUUACCAGAAUGGCUUCGUGCAUUUUGGAGCGCAUCGCCGUUUGCGUAUCGCAUGCCGAACCCGUACUGCUCGUCGGUGAAACCGGUGUGGGUAAAACAUCCUCGGUGCAGUACUUGGCUCAACGUACGUAUCACAAGCUGGUUGUGGUCAACAUGAAUAAUCAGUCGGACGUAUCCGAUCUCAUUGGCGGUUUCAAACCGGUCGAUCUGACAUAUGUGAUGACGCCACUGCGCUAUGAGUUCGACACACUGUUCCGCGCCACCUUCAACGCUGACAAAAAUCAAACAUUCCUACACAAAAUGGAGAUUUGCUAUAAUCAAGGCAAUCACUUGGUUAUAGUUAAAUUAAUGAUAACGAUUAUUAAUUCAGUUUUCGGCAAGGCUGAACGCAAGGAGUUGCGGCCAAAGGAAAUCGAGUUAUUACCACGUUGGCAGACCCUAAAAGUGAACGUGCUUAAACUGCACACGCAACUGAGUAAAUCAAUAAACAUUUCAUUUGCCUUCAUCCCGGGUUCGCUGGUGAACUGUAUCAAAAACGGCGAUUGGAUACUAUUGGACGAGAUAAAUUUAGCCUCGGCCGAGAUGCUUGAGUGUCUGUCGACCAUUUUGGAGCCCGAUGGUUCGGUGGUGCUGCUGGAGCGCGGUGAUUUUACGCCAGUAAAGCGACAUCCCGACUUCCGCAUAUUCGCUUGCAUGAACCCAAAUACAGAUGUCGGCAAGAAGGAUCUGCCGGUGGGCAUACGCAAUCGUUUCACCGAAUUUUUCGUUGAUGAAUUGACCACAGAUGCCGAUCUAACUUUGCUAAUAAGCGACUAUUUGACUACCACUGGCAUUCAACGUAAGAGUGUUGCAAGUUUGGUGCAACUGUAUAAGAAACUGAAGUUGCUGUCGAAGCUCGAGUUGAAUGACGGUCUUGGCAAUCGACCAGUAUUUUCCUUGCGUACGCUGUGUCGCUCGUUGCGCAUCUGCGCGAAGAACUUGUGCGGCUCGGUUGAGCGCAAUCUCUACGAGAGCUUCUGCAUGAGCUUCCUUACGCAGUUGGAUCCAGUUUCGCAUAAUGUGGUACUACACCUGAUACAACAAGCGCUCUUAAGCAACGUAAAAGCUGUUUUAAACCAAAGCAUACCGAAGCCAGGUGAAAAUUAUCUGAAUUUCGAAGGUUAUUGGAUACAGCAAGGCCCCAAAGAGCCUGAAGAGUACGCCAGUUAUAUUCUGACGAAAAGCGUUAAGGAGAAUUUACGCGAUUUGGCGCGUAUCAUCUCAAUUGGCAAACUGCCGGUGCUGUUACAAGGUCCAACGAGUGCGGGUAAAACCAGUUUGAUCGAUUACGUGGCUCGACGCAGUGGUAACCACUGUCUCCGCAUCAACAACCACGAACACACCGAUCUGCAGGAAUACAUUGGUACAUAUGUAGCUGACGCCACAGGUAAAUUGAGCUUCAAGGAGGGCGUACUGGUGCAGGCCAUGCGCAAUGGUUAUUGGAUCAUACUGGACGAGUUGAACUUGGCUUCCACCGACAUCUUGGAAGCACUUAAUCGUGUGCUGGAUGACAAUCGCGAGCUCUUCAUACCCGAAACACAGACAUUGGUCAAGGCGCAUCCGAAUUUCAUGUUGUUCGCCACACAGAACCCACCCGGUUUGUAUGGUGGUCGUAAAACAUUGUCACGCGCUUUCAAAAAUCGUUUUAUCGAACUGCACUUCUCGGAUAUACCACGUGAGGAGCUUGAGAUUAUUUUAGAGAAGCGUUGCUUGAUACCAUCAUCGUAUGCCAAAAAGAUGGUAAUGUGCAUGUCCGAUCUGCAGAAGAAUCGCAAGACGACAACUAAAAAUGUAUUCACUUUGCGCGAUCUCUUCCGCUGGGGUAACCGGUACACCUUCGCGGACAAACAGUUACUGGACGAUUCGCAGUAUGACUGGAAUCAGCACCUCGUUGAGGAGGGUUACUUGGUGUUGUCCGCCAAAGUGCGCACCGACAUCGAAAUCGAAAUUAUCGAAGAGACCUUGUACAAAAACUUCCGCAAGCGCGUGGAUCUCUCUCGUCUCUUCGACGCACAGUCCAGCACAGAGGGCUGCUCGGCAGUGACGCGCAAUAUAAUUACCGCAAUAAGAGCGUACAAGCUGCGUGCCGAUAUUGUUUGGACCCGCAACAUGACUCGCAUGGCUGUGCUGACGGCCAAAGCGCUGCAGUUCAACGAACCCGUUCUAUUGGUCGGCCCCACCGGCUGUGGCAAAACCACUGUGUGUCAGCUGCUGGCCAGCAUACGUGGCGUACAAUUACGAAUACUCAAUUGUCACAUGCACACCGAGGGUGCAGAUUUUUUGGGUGGCUUGAGACCAUGUCGCGAAUCGAAUGAAGAUAGUAAUACUGCGAAGAAGCUCUUCGAAUGGGCUGAUGGACCAUUGAUUCUGGCUAUGCAAGAGGGCUCCUACUUCAUGGCGGAUGAAAUCUCCUUGGCUGAAGACUCAGUGUUGGAGCGUUUGAAUUGCAUACUGGAGCCCGAGCGCACAGUGCUGCUAGCCGAGAAGGGUGGAGUAGGUGAGUCUGAAAAUCCUGCAGAAAUCGCAAAAGAUUUUGUUGUACAGGCGACAGAGGGUUUCCAGUUUCUGGCCACUAUGAAUCCCGGCGGUGAUUUCGGCAAAAAGGAAUUGUCGCCUGCAUUGCGCAAUCGUUUCACCGAAAUCUGGUGCUUGCCGUCCGACACCAAAGAAGAUUUAAUACAAAUUGCCAGCAACUGCAUGCUGGAAAGCGCACAAAUGGCUUCAAAUACAGGCAAAGAAGAGAUUACGAAAAUCGCCAGCUACCUUGUGGAGGUGGUGCUGUACAUGCGUGAUGUGGUGGAGAAAUUCAGAUACUCCAUACGAGACAUACUGGCGUGGGCGAAUUACAUUGCCAGCAAUGCGCACUUAACAUUUGCAGAGAAAGCUAUUUUUGGCUUAGAAACAAUAUUUUUAGACGCCUUGGAACUGCUGCCACACGAGUCAUUGGUGAAAGUUGAGUUGCUCCGAAGGCAGAUUGUUGAAUUCGCCAUCAAAGAGGCUGGGCUUAUUUUAAAUGAAAAGUUCACAUUCGCUGAUUUGACAGAAAAACGCGGCACGGAAGUGGUGCACUCCUCCGAGAAAUUCGGUAUCAAGCCUUUCUUUAUAUCGACCAAUAGCGGCUCCAAUAUCGGCGCAACCCAAAACUUUUUAUUCGAAGCGCCAACCACCAAACAGAACCUAUUUCGUCUGCUCUCGGCGCUUUCUCUCCGAAAACCGAUACUGCUGGAGGGGCCACCGGGCGUCGGCAAGACUUCGACUGUGGAGAGCAUAGCUGCUGCAAUUGGCUAUCGCAUUGUGCGUAUAAACCUCUGCGAGCACACAGAUUUAGCUGAUCUCUUCGGCACGGAUCUGCCAGCCGAAGACAACAUCCUGGACGCUGCUGCAACAGAAGGCAGCGCAGAGGACAAAGCUGCAUUUGCAGGCGUGUUUGUAUGGCGCGACGGUCCAUUAUUGGCCGCACUGAAGGCCGAAAACACCUGGAUUUUGUUGGAUGAGUUGAAUUUAGCACCACAAUCGGUGCUGGAGGGUCUCAACGCCAUACUCGAUCAUCGUGGUGAGGUCUACAUACCCGAAUUGAAUAAAACAUUUACAUUGAACAAAGAGACGCGUGUUUUCGCCUGCCAGAAUCCACUCAAACAAGGCGGUGGCCGCAAAGGUUUGCCACAAUCUUUCCUGAAUCGUUUCAACAAAGUCUACCUACGCAAACUCACUACCCAAGAUCUUCUCUUUGUUGUGAACGGUAAAUACAAGAAAUAUUUCGAGAAUCUACGCUCGCGCUUCGCCAAACUGCUUUCCAAUUGUAACAUCGACGCCGAAACAAAUCUAUUUGACUUCUAUCAUUCAAUAUCAAAGGAUGUGUCAAAUAUUGAGCCUGCUACCGAAGUAGGCGACACUGCGCCCACCAUCGCCUUGGAUGUGACCAAACGUCUUGUACAGUUCUCCGAAAUACUCGAUAACGGCAUAUCGGCCUUAGAGUUCGGUUACCGCGGUGGGCCUUUUGAAAUAAAUCUCCGUGACAUUCUUCGUUGGUGCGAUUUGCUGGUAAAUCCAGAGACCGGAUUCAUUUUCCAAACCGAUAGCUGCUCAGCAGCCACAACACGCGUGGGUCUCUUUCGUAAGAAUUUCGAAAACUUCUUGCUUACUCUGUAUGAGCGCAUGAAAUUGGUUUACUAUCAGCGCAUGCGCUGCGACGAGGACAAACGCUACAUACGCAAUGCCUUCGCCAAAGUAUUCGCUUGCGAUGCCGACCAACUUAACAGCAUUUCUGAGGAUGUCUCGCUCUACUGGACGUCGGAGAAAAUCUAUUUAAAUGACAUUGUCCUGGAUCGCAGUGGCGACGCUCAGGCGCUGCGCUCACUGCGUGGUAAAGAUCUAUGCCCGAUAUUGCUAAACUCUCAGCGCGAGGUUCUGAAAAACAUGGUGGAGUGCGUGCGAAUGGAGAAGCCGGUGUUGCUGUGCGGACCAACCGACACCGGCAAGACGAAGCUGAUCGAUCUUUUGUGCACGCUGUCGAAUCAGGUGUGCAAUACAGACACAAUAGACGAUUCUGUAACAGGCAGUUUCCAACAGAUCGAUUUAAAUAGACAUUUGGAGGAGAUAUCGCAGAGUGUGGAGGCCGUCCUUGCCUCGCAGCUCCGUUGCAUGUUGCUGGAACGGAAACCAACUGCUUACAGCACCGCUGCCGAGCUCCUACAUAUUUGGAAUGCAUAUUCGAAGGAGUCUAACGUUAAACUAGCCAUAAAUAAUGCCACUUCUAUGGCGGAUGAGCUGGCGAGUUUCCGCAAGCGUAUACAGCGUUUAAAUAAAGUCAUCACUGCGCUGUUGGAACACGCAAAUGAUGGCACUACAGCAACUAGUGUGCCAGCAUACAAAGACACACUCGCUCAACAGCAAAAUCGGCUAAACACACUGGAAAAUCAUGUGCGCAACGCUGAUACACUCAACACGGGGGGUUCCUUCGAAUGGGUUGACUCAAAAAUCGUCAAAUCGCUCAAAUUCGGGCAGUACAUAUUGUUGGAGCACGUAAAUUUGUGCUCCUCCGCAGUUUUGGAUCGCCUUAAUCCAGUAUUCGAGCCGAACGGCAACCUCUUAAUAUCCGAAAAAGGAGUGUCGGCUAAUGAAAGCGCUGAAAUCGUUGAAAAGGCGCAUAACUUCCGUGCUUUCCUCACAAUCGAUCCCAAAAACGGUGAAUUGUCGCGCGCCAUGCGAAAUCGUUGUGUAGAGCUGGCGAUAGCGAAGGACACCUACAGCACGGACGACAUGCGUUUGAUUGUCUAUAAGAACGGCGUGCGCGGCAUAGUGGCGAUCAAUUGCAUACUCAACGUACACACACGCUUAAUGCAAUCGACGGAAAUCAACAACUACAACAUCACUCAUCUCACACAGUUUGCAUUUCUCGCCGCAUCGUAUGCGCGCAUUGGCUAUGACAUGGAACGGGCUAUCUACGUGAGCGGCAUGGAAGUAUACGUGUACUCGGCGAAUACCGAUCUCAUGGGCUUUGGUCUAGCGUAUUAUCAGAAUCAGCUGCGCGAGAUUGUUUUGGACGAAACCAAACGAUUCGGCUUGCUUGCGCCGGCAGCGACUGUGGACGAAGAUCGUCUGCGCGACAUUGUGCUGCAUAGCGAUGAGUUGCAUGCGCUCUCCUUGAUCAAGCUGCAAACUGCGCCGUUGCGUAGUCUACUCCGUUAUGAUGAGCGCGCGCAAACGGCGCUCGCAGAUGUGUUUGCCGAGUUCGACAAGAUGGACUUGACCACAGUUGAUCGCCAGCAAAUAAUCAAAUAUUGCAUUUACAUGUUAUACGAAUGCAGCGCCGUGAACGAUGUUGAAUUGCGUUAUUUGUAUUUGGAGAAAGUGCUGAGCGCGCACCCAGCUCUGCAAGGUUUAUCGAAGUCUUUAUAUGGCUGCAUUAAGCAUAUUAGCGCGCACUUCGAAUCCUCCCUAAAUGAGCUGCCGUGGAACAACAAACUAUUCGCGCGCAUACGCUCAUAUGCCAGCCAACCAGCGGAUGUGAAGAAUCACAAGAGCUUCUGCUUGAGCGCUCAGCUGGUCGCCAAUCUGUUGCUACUGCCUGUGCCGCAGUCCCACGUCACAAACAUCAGUGACGCAGAUGCACUCACCUAUUCGCAAGCUGUUGCCGCGGACCGGGUAGCCGAUCGUUACGACAACGUGUUGCUGCAGAAUCUCUCCGUUUUCAUAACGAGUCUGCGCGAAGUGCUGAGCGCUUCAUUGGACUACGCGCACAUUGACGUGGAGACAUUUUCGGCGAUAAUAACGGCAUAUUUGUGGUAUAACCGCUUGCUGAGCAUAUCCCAGCAUAAAUUGGUAGUGCAGAAGGAACUGAACCGGCGUCUAAUGGAUCAGUUGGUUUUGCAUUUCAAGUGGCUGGAGAAGAAUCUGCUACAAUUACUUACCAAGAUGCUGCCAAAUUACUGCCAAUUAAAUGCCGAUUACAACAACAGCCUGCAGCAAGUAAAUAACUACAUAGUGAGCAUAAAACAACCGCUCAAUUUGUUGCGUAAAGUCUACAGCAAACAACUCACAUAUUUCCCGCCUUUCUAUCAAGAAGAACAGAUCCAAUUUCACAAGCUGACUCGACUGCUGGACCAAUUGCUGGUUGUGGUGCCCUCUUAUGGCAGUUAUACAACAGAACUGGUGCUCAAGAAGUUCCUUGCGCAGAAGUCGGACUUUGCUAGACGUGCACGCGCUAUUGUUAACAAAUGCUUGGAGCAGCGUGUCAACUCCAAUGUGAAACAGAUUAAUUUGCAAUCAACACACUGCGCCCAAAUACCCGAAGCGCUGCAGUCCGCUUUGCUGGAGUUUACCAAAAACACAACUGAAAGCAGCAACUGCACCUAUGAGGGUUUAGACGAACUACAGACUGCAAUCGAUGCGCUACAAAGUGCGGUUCGCUCACAGGAAGAGCUGGAGGUGACCCGACAACCGAAGGAGUUUGAGAUUCGUUUGCUUGCGCUACGCGAGUUUUACCUGGCCAAAGCGUUGUGUCGCCUCGGCAGUGGCAGCGACGCGUCUGGCAUGGAAAUCAGCGAGUUUUACUGCGAUGAGAUUUCUUCACUAAGUAGCACCACAUGGCAUCUCAUAAAAGUAUAUAACUCGGGAUUAUACAAGCGCUUCGAAGAAGUGUGGAGGCAGCUGUUGAAACACUUGUCGUCUAUGACGAGUGUUGAGGACUUCAAGCAGUUGUUGUCGUACUUAAAUGGCGGUUACAAAUUCUUCAAUUCCUACCACGCCCACCUGCGUAAUGCGGUCAAUAACAUGCAGCUCAUGAAUCUAGCCACACGCGAAUCUUCGACAAAUGUGCUGCGCGUAACGGAGGAUAUUGAUUGUGCCUACACAUACGAUGGCUGCAGUUUUCUGAACGUGUUCCUCUCGCUGGUGUUCCAAGAGAACGGCAGCCUGCGUCCAGUGCCACUCAACGAACUGAGCGAAUGGCAGGCGACAUUGAAGCAGUUGCAGCAACUGCUCUGGCAAAACAGCAAUAUGCUGACCCCACAGCAUAACAUUUCAGUGAACAAUUUGCUGGAGGCGCAGAACAGCGCACAGAAACUGCUGCGUGAGGUUGCCUAUGUGAAGCAGUUGUGUGAGAGUUUGGAAAAUGAGAACUUCAGCGAAUACAAUGAGAGCUUCCAGAAAUUGGUGCAGUCACUGACAGUUGCUCAUGCCGACAGCUUGAGUAUCAACCGUGCUGAAGACGCUCAUCAAUAUCAGUCAAUGCAAUACAACGCGUCAUUGCUGAGCAGUCUUGUGGGCGCUGUCGAAAUCUGUUUGCUCACAUUCACGCCGCUAAUCGAUCCGGUCGAAAAGAAUCGCCUAAAGAACGCCUACGUGGUGGAGGAUAUAAAUUGUCUAACCACCAUGACGACGGUGUACGAUUUUAUGCGCAUUGUUAUGAAAUAUCAGCACUUCGGCAGUGAAAUCUACGACGCUUUCGAGGAGCGCCUGAAGCUGCUGCAAGUCAAACAACAGAAGUUCGCGCAAAAACUGGCGUUGCGCCCGCAGGAGUGCCUCUACAGCAAGCUCGUGGAUGACAUAUCGCACUACCUCAAAACUAACUGUUCGCCACAAGCGCUGUUGUUGCUCAUACAGAGCGCGCAAAAAUCGUGGAUGCAACUCUCCGGCGAAUUCCAUGCCAACUCAGCGGGGCAGAUACUCAGCAACACCACGGAAGUGCUGAAUAAACUCAAUUUGUGGAUCACCAACUCUCAGCGCUUCCUCAAUCACACUCUGAAAGCGUACAUGGAUCACUACCAGGACUUCAUACAGCCGCUGCAGUAUUCCAUUGACCACUUGCGUUUCGGCUUUGAGGGCCUAAAAGUGGUGCUUACUCAAGCGUGCAGCAACAUUUCGCAAUUGGAGGGCGCGAAGGUGUACACAAAUUUGAACGUCAAUGACCGACUUUCACACGCUUUGGCCAAUAUUGCUGAGUUCCCGGCCGCUCAUCAACUAAUGGAAGGUGAAGCAAAGGCGGGAACACAUGCUUUACUCAAGCAACGGUCGUUUAUAAAUAGCAUGAUCAAACAGCUGCCAAAUAGCGAACACAGCUACUUCGGGUUGCUCAAAGCCAAGCUAGUCGAGUUGCAUAACACGAUUGCGAUUUCAGCGCACAUAAAUGAAGGCAUCUUUAGCGAGUUGGACUAUAUUUUCAAUGUGUCGAAUCAAAUAUGGCAGGCUGAAGAGGAGCGCAGACGCGCCCAAAAAGCAGAAGAGGAGAGUCUCUACGUGAACAAGACGAAAUGCGCCGAGGAAGACGAGGAACUGCUGGAGCUGCAAGAGAUCGAGGCACAUUUCCCCACAAAUGUCGAGGAGGACUUUGGCGAUUUUCUGGUCGAAGCCACAUUAGAGAAAGUGGUGAAGCUCGACAAGAAGGCGAAUUUGAAGACGCAAAAGACACAAGUGAUACGCGAUGAGGAUUACUCGUUCUUGGCGACUCAUUUCAUCGAACUCAUGGAAAACUACACGCGUGUCUACUAUCACAAACGCACUGCGGCUGGCGCCACACAGCAAUUGGACUUUGUUGAACCCUUCCAGGCGCGCAUGCAAGCAUUUGUGCCGUUAUAUACCCAUUACAAGCGCGGCUUAAACGACUGGAUGACUGAGGCCGCGUAUAACAGCUGCAUUUUCGCAUUAGCGUUGCAGCAGCAACAACUAAUCAAUGCGGACGCAACGCCGCUGCUGUCGCGAAAGACGCGUAGCUACAAUUACUACAAGGACGCCAAUAUACCGGAAAUAAUGGGCUGCAUGGAUUUGCUGAAGGACAUUGAGUCCCACACCGACGAGCAACUCGCCUUGUAUCCGGAGCAUGCCAGCUUGAUAGACAUCAAGCGCGUGAUCGAGAGGAUACGCACGCUGCCCGCUACGGCGCCAGUUGUGCGCUUCAAUACCGGCUUCCAGUUGUUGCGGCAGAAGCUCGCGCAGUGGAACGAAGUGGCCCACAAGGGCAACCACAUGCGCCAGCAGGAGGUCGGUGUGGCGGAGUAUGUGCAGCGCUGGAUGAAGCUCGAGCUGCAAUGCUGGCGCAAUUGUCUUAAUGAAACGAAGGAGAAAAUCGAGUCAAACACGCACAAGUACUGGUUCUUCAUCUACCAGCUGCUGCAGGAGUAUUUGCGCGAGCGCGAGCUGAACAGCUCUUUCACCGACAUCAGAAACACCGAAAAGCGUUUCGGCGACGGCGAGGUGCUCGACGAUUCCGAAGUGGAGCAGAAGUCCAAAGUGAAUGUCGGCGAUAUUGUACGCAUACUGCGCCAGUUUGUCGAGUCGGCCAAUUACGGCGACUUCCAAGUGCGUCUACAACUCUUGCAAGCGUUCGAACUGUAUUUGCACAACGUUGAGCAUUUGUCAGUGGACUGCAGCGACACAUUUGGCGAAGAUUGCCGAGCGCUGAUAGCCGGUUUGCGCAAUCUGCAAAUCUAUUUUGCGCAGUUCGCGCAGGAGAUCGAGGAGACAGCGCUCAGCAUGCGCGUGCCUAUCGAGAAGAAGCUGAAGGAGUUGGUUAAGAUCGAAAGUUACAACAAGGACUUGUCAUACUUCAGCAUGCGUAAUAAUGUGGCUCGCGUGCAUCGUAAUCUCAAUAAGUUCCUCAAGGAAUAUCAACAACAAUUGCAGCAAAAGAUCACACCAGUCUUCCAGCCGAAGGAUGCCACAGUUAAGGAUUACAAUUUCGAAAAUGAUAAGGGACGAGAACUGCGCUACGAUACCCGUAUCAAAUAUUACUUGGUGGAAGUUAAGAAUUUCAUAGCAGCACAAAAGCUCGCGGACAAAUAUGCUGUGAGUGAAGACGUGGCUGGCACCGAUCUAGCCAAUGAAAAUACCGAGCAAAUGCUUCUAAAUAAGGUUGGACGUCUCUUCAAGACAUCGCGCAACGUUGUCAAAGAGACGGUGAGCAACGCGAACUUCUCGAGACUCAUAAUUGCAUUGGAUAGCGUGCUCUGUGUGCAGCUGGAGCGUUGUGAUGAGUUGCGCGCGCUCAGCGUGGACCGUACUAAAGAACGUCCGAAGCAGCUGCUGGAGGCCAAACAAAUAUUGCAACAGAAGCGCAAGGGACUAACUGAUCUAUUCAAGACGCUCACGCAACUCGGUCUUAGCUUCAAGGCAGGCCUAAUGGAGCUGUCCUUGCGUACCGAUUUCACCGAGUUCACAUUGCCGCCGUUCUGCAUCAAAACAAUGCUCGGCGCACGCACCGAUAAGCGCUUGCACACCAACGUGCUGCACCUGAACGAGAAUCUCGAUCGCUACUAUGCAAAAUGUGAGUUCAAGCUGAAGUUGCUGCAGAACAUUAUGCUGGCUCCACCCUCCGAGCUUGGUCCACCCAACAUUGAGCGCAUCAAAGGCUUUGCGGUCGACAUGUUUCUUCUAGUGCAAAGCCAGCGACGUCGACUCGCAAACACCAGCAAGCAAAUUUUCGACUUGGAUGUGCUGAUUCAGCACAUUAAAGAGAUCUACGACGUUUGUUGCAUUGACAGUUCGACGAAGGCUGUGGAGGGGCUUGCAUUCAGUGCUGCUCGUGACACCUAUCUGUCGUUGCGUGAGUCUAUCUCCCGCAUGCGUUACGUGAUGGAGCAGUUCAUCUUGCUUUUGACAUGCGCGCCAUCUAGUGCUACCGUAGAGCAUUCGGUGCUGACGAAAAAUGAAAACCACUUGUUGCAGAACUCUCCGUUCUACACAACAAUCACGAGCAACUGUCAGGAGGUGCUCAAAACCGCAAAGUCCACACUCGCCGACAUGCUCAACCAUGACAAGGAGUUCCUCAACGUAGAAAAAGUAACAGCUUACCGCGCUACGCAUGAGAAACUGCACCACACACUGGAUCAAAUUGUGAACAGCUUAAGAAUCGCCUCAAACGAAUCUUUGCCCGCUGCGAAACCGAUCGUGGAGUUGCUCGCUUUCGUUGAAUCGUGCAACAAUCGUGUCUCUGCGUCCACGAACGGCAAUGCGCCCACAGAUUUGGAAAACUUGGACGCUGUGCUGGAACACAUACUACAUGAUGUUCUACUGUCCCUGCAGAAACUUUAUAAGAAAUACACACAGGCAGCCAGCGAAACGAACGGGGAGUCGUUGUCACCCAACAAAUCACGCAAUGAGCUCGAGUUGCAGGACAAACAUUUAAAGGAGCAAUUGCAUGCGGCGCUUGAGUCUGACUGGCAGGCACUGAAUAUCAUCAAUAUUGUAGAGCAGCUGUCAAAUGUGCUGGUCACGUUGAAACAUGCAGCUCCGACUCAGUCGAAAUUGACAUACGCACGCAAACUCACCACACUUAUGCCAAUACUGGAGCAGUACUAUUUGUUGGCCGACUACUAUCUUUUCCAGCAGCUGGGCGCGCACAAGGUUUCUGCGAAGAUGCUUUCAGUCAUGCUGACAGUGUUUGUGGAGAUCGGCAGUAAGGGAUUCUGCGUACCACCCGAUCUAAUGCAAGAUGAGGAGGGUCAGGCUAAGGAUCAAAAAGACGGCGAAGGCUUUGGCUUGGAGGACGGCACUGGAGAAAAAGAUGCCUCAGACAAAAUUGAGUCGGAAGAUCAGUUGGAUGAUGCGAAACGUCCCGAAGACCGUAAGGAGGAAGAAGGCAAACAGCCAGAGGACUGCAAGCAGGACAAAAGCAUCGAUGUAAGUGAAGACUUUGAUGCCAAUGCACAAGAUUUGGAGAAACCUGAAGACGACGAUAGCGGUGAGUCGGAAGAUGACGAUGAAUUGGACAAAGAAAUGGGUGAGGCUGGUCCGGAGGCUGAUAAGCUGGACGAUCAAAUUUGGGGCGAUGACGAAGAGCAGAAAGAAGAGGAGGAGGAAGACAAUGAACUGGAAGAAGAUCAAGGAAAGGGUACAAAAGACGAAAAGGACACUCACAACGAUCUCGAUACGAAGAAUGACGCUGCCAAUGAAAAUGAACAAGAAAAUGAAGGUUUAGAUGCGGCCAAUGAGACAAAAGAUGAUAAACGCAAACAACAAGAGAAAGAUAUCGACAAUAUGAAGGAACCUGAGGUGGAUGAAGACCAACCCAACCCGUACCAUAAUGAAUUAGAAGAACCGCCAGAAGCAGAAGAAAUGGAUCUGGGUGAUAUGAAUAUGGAUAAUGACCAAGAGGACGGUGAUGACCAGCGCGAUGGCGAGGAAAACCCCUUUGACAUUGAUACAAUGAAAGAGAACAUGGAAAUAACAGAAGAGCAGCCAAAAGAAGAUGAGGCGAAAGAAGAAAACGGAGAUGACAAUGAAAACAAAUCAGACGAUAGUGACUCAGAAGACGGUGAUGCUGACGUAGAGCUGCGUAAGGAGGAGAAAGGCGAUGAAGACAAACAAGAAGAAGAUGCUAAAGAGGAAGAAGACGCUGAACCAGACACACAGACACGUGGCGAACCGGAGCCCGAAACUGCUCCAGAUGAAAAACAAGAAGAAAAUGAGGAAGCACGUGCGGAGAAGCCGGAGGAAUAUGAACAGUCCAAAGAUAAAAUGAGUAAAGAGGAUAAUGUGCAAUCAGUGCCAGAAACCGAAAAUGACGGCACUCCGGAUCAAGUGCAAAACGAAAAUGACCAAGAUGUGAAGCAGGAUCAAAAGAUGGAUGAACAGGAGACUGGCGAAGAGAAAGACGGCGUGGGUCAGGCAGAGAAUGACACAAAUGAUGGUGGCCACCAAGGCGUUGCUGAUACUAAAGAGCAAGUGGCACAGGACGAGAGCACAAAAGAGCAAAAACCGCAAGAGAAACGCAAACAGGGCAAAACUGAUGAAGAACGUACACUAGGUGAGGCGGAGAAAAACAAACUGAAACAGUUGAAGACAAUCGAUAAAAUGAAAGAGCAACAACAGCAGCAGGAGGAUGGUGAGCAUGAAGAUGACAAAGAAGCAGAUGCAGAAGAAUUUCAGCACGUAAAAGAGCCCAAGAACAGCGAUAAGACAACGCUGGACAAUGCCACAGAAGAGCAGUCGAAGAAGGUUAAGCAUCAAGAAGAUGAGGAGAAAGAAGACGCUGCAAACGAAGAUGCAGAGAAUAAUGAGGCUUUAGACGAGGAAGAGGAGACUGAUAAGCCGAACGAUGACGAGCAAAAUCUCGAAGAGAUGAGUGCGGAGAAGUUCGAUCAGAAAUCGGACAAACCAUCAAAGUCAGAGCGCAGCAAAGAACGCAUAGAGGAGAAUAUGGAAAUGGAAGUCGAAGGCGAAGUCGUGCCCACGAUGACGGUGACGCGAAGUGACGACACAACGGCACACUGCAAUAAAGAGAUACUGCUGGAGAACCUAACACGCAGCGAAGAGUUGAGCACAGCUGAGUUGCUGGAAAUGCGCAGGACGUACCAUGAGCAACUAACCGCUACUAAAACAUCGCUGCCAGUACAUGAGGACUACGAGAACUGGCAAACCAUAUCGAAUCGUAUGGCGCAGAACGCGCGCGAAUUGUGUGAGCAGCUGCGACUCAUCUUAGAACCCACUAAAUGCACGCGUCUAAAGGGCGACUACCGCACAGGACGACGCAUCAAUAUGAAGAAAAUCAUUCCCUACAUUGCGUCACAGUUCCGCAAGGAUAAAAUAUGGCUGCGACGCACAAAGGCGGCACAACGCGACUACAAAAUCACCAUCGCCAUCGACGACUCCAAGUCGAUGCACCACAACAAUUCCAAAACACUGACACUCGAAGCAAUCUCGCUGGUGUCGCAAGCGCUAACGUUGCUGGAGAGCGGUCGCUUGAGCAUCGUGUCCUUCGGCGAGUCACCACAAAUCAUACUCAACCACACAGAGCAAUUCGAUGGGCCGAAAUUGGUGAAUGCGUUGAACUUUGCACAGGAUAAGACGAAAAUUGCCGAAUUGCUCGACUUCGUGCGCACCGCAAACACAGAGGAGGCGGCACUGGGCACCGAUAAUGGACUCUUCGAAAAUCUCUUGCUUGUGUUGAGCGAUGGACGCAACAUCUUCAGUGAGGGACGCCUUAAGGUGCGAAAUGCCAUCAAGUUAGCGCGUCUGCAGCGUAUUUUCUUGGUUUAUAUUAUAAUUGAUAAUCCUGAAAAUAAGGACUCUAUACUUGACAUACAAACUAUGGAAAUGCUUCCUGACAAACGCAUCAAUAUCAAAUCCUACUUGGAGGACUUCCCAUUCCCCUAUUAUGUGAUCGUGCGCGAUUUGAAUCAGCUGCCGUUGGUGCUGAGCGAGGCUAUGCGCCAAUGGUUCGAACUGGUGAACAGUGAAAUGUGAGACAGUC